AUGUCGCAGGAGCCUCUCCUUUCCCAGUACCCGACUGAGAAGGUGAUCGACCCCGAGAUGGCCGCUGCCACUGCUGGCGCGCCUCUCGAGGACGACACCAACCUCAAGGUCGGCGACUCCAAGUUUUCCCAGGUCAAGACCCGCGUUGCCGGUCUGUCCAAGCCCAAGAAGUUCCUCAUUGCUGGCGCUGCCGCUUGGGUGACUGCUUCGGUCAUUCGCUCGACUGUCCACCACCACGGACACCACGCCCACGCCCAUGGCCACGGCCACGGCCCCCAUGGCGAGCAGCACCACGGUGUCGAGGGUGGCGACCACUUCUCCCACGGUCCCGAGGACUUUGAGUUUGGCCACCCUCCUCACGGCCACGGUGAGCAUGGCCACCACCACGACCACGACGACGAGUUUGCUCCCCACCACAAGGGCCCCGAGCACCACCACGCUCACCCCGACAAGGAGUCCACUACCGUCGCUGCGGUCUACGAGACGCCUGUUGUUUCUCAAUCCGCCGAUGGAGCUGCGCUCCAGACGGCCAACGCCACCUUCCUCCUCAACCACCGCCGCCCUCUCCACAUCAACUUUAUUGAUGCCCAGAACAGCCGUGUCGUCGUUUCCCGCGCCGAGGGCCAGGAGCAGCCGUACCUCGUCGUCGAGUCGGCUUGGACUGGCGACAACCUCGCCCCCGCCGCUGCCGUCGAGCUCAUCUCGGGCCACAACGACUGGCUCAAUGUGAACGCCACUGCCGAUGCGUCUGGCCACAUUGUCCACAUUGUGCUCCCUGUCGACGCCAAGAGCGUUCCCCCUCUUGCCAUCGCCACCGACGACAAGGUCGCUCUCGAGCUCGCCCCCUCGGCUGCCGAUGUUCGUUUCCGCCGCUUCGCGGUCGAGUCCGCUGGCGACGUCGAGCUCCCGGCCCUCGUGUCCAAGAACGUGCACGUCUCCACCUCGGGCUCCAUCAAGGGCUCGUUCAACGUCUCGCGCGAGAUCACCCUCAAGACUGUCACUGGUGACAUUGACGCCACUGUCCAUGUUGUCCCCGGCCAUCCCAAGGGCCCCAAGCCUCCCAAGGGACCCAAGGAGCCUAAGGAGCCCAAGGACGAGGAGCACGAGCACGAGCACAAGGAGCACGAGCACAAGCACGAGCACGAGCACGCCGAGUUUGAGCACAAGGAGGAGGAGGAGCGCGACCGCAAGCCUUGCGAGGGCAAGCGCCAGCAGGCUCGUUCGUGGGGCUCGUGGUUCCCCUUCAACAUCUUUGGCGGUGACAAGAAGCCUGAGGGUGACAAGCCCGAGCACGGCGACCACCCCCACGGCCCCCCUCCCCCUCCUGUGGGCAUCCGCGCCAUGUCCGUCUCGGGCUCGAUCGACCUGCACAUCCACAAGCCCCCCUUCGUCUCGACCCGCACCUUUGCCAAGUCUGCCACUGGUGACGUCAAGGUCCACGGCCUGCCUUCGUUCCACGGCCACUUUGUCGCUGGCUCCAAGGUCGGCGAGGUCAAGGUCGUUGCUGGCCCCAAGGAGAUCCACACCAUCAAGGACAAGGUCACUGAGAAGGGCCGCUUCGUCGAGGGUUUCGUCCACUUUGCCAACGGCACCUUCCCCCACCCUCCUCACCACAACCACACCGAGGGUGAGCCCGAGCACAAGCGCCCCGAGCACAAGAAGCCCGAGGAGGACGAGGACGACUCCGUGAUGGAGCGUCGCCAGCACCGCGACCACGGCAAGAAGCACCACCACGACGACAACGACGACGCUGACAAGUUCAACUUUGACGACAACGAGGAGCAGGAAGGCGACCGCCCCCCUCCUCCUGGUCCUCCCGGCAAGGGCAAGGGCAAGGGCCGUCGCCCUCCUCCCAAGGGCGAGCACCCCCCUCCUCCUCCCGGCGACGAUGACCACCCCCACCCUCCCCACGGCGACCACCCCCCUCCCCCUCCCGGUGGCGACCACCCGCCUCACAAGGGUCCCAAGGGCCCUGGCGGCCCCCACGGCCCUCCCCACGGUCCUCCCGGCUUCUCCAACGUCGUCGCCUUCACCGAGGUCGGCAACGUCGUCCUCGUGCUCUAA